CGAUGAUUAGCCUUGGGCCCUCCGGUCGCCGGUGAGACGUAACGAAGAAGAAGAAGCAAGACGAAGGGAGGAAAAAGGGUUUGGCUUCUUCUGCCACCUGCAAGUCCACGGCCCUGUAGAAAGGUUCCUCCUUUCUCACCGAACAGCUCGGAAGACGAAGAAAGCAGCGAUAUUUCUCAACUGAGCUCCCUUCGAUGAAGACGUCGGAGUACAUGGACAAGGAGAUCACUGGGCUUUCCCGUUCCCUGUCCGAUGAUCUCUUCGGUCACGGGAACACCCGCGAUGAUUAUGAUUACGAAGACAGCCUCUCGCCUCGAUUCGGCCUCUACCCUUCACAGCCUCAGACUUCUGCUGACGCAGGGAAGGUCAGGAGCUCCUUCGAUGAAGCCUUGCUUUCACUGAUCGACAGGAGAAUGAAAGAGCACACUGAUGAAGUGCUUCAUGCUGUCAAUAGUGUAAGUGCACAGCUCACUCAACUUGAGAGCAGGACGCGUCGAAUGGAGAAUGCAGUCGAUGAUCUCAAGGAAUCUCUUAACUCUUACCAUGGAAGGGCCGAUGGGAAAUUGCGGGAGCUUGAGCAUCUGUUAAGAGAGGUCCAAGACUGCACUCGGGAUAUAAGGGAUAAACAGGAGAUAGCUGAGGCCCGAAUAGAGCUUUCUAAGCUUGCAAUGUCGAAGGUUCAAGCACACCUGAAAAAGCCGGAGACCACUGCUCAGACGGAAGCAGUUCAAGAAGCUUCGUCUUCCGUCCCUCAACAAUCCGCUCAAUCACUUCCCAUCCCCAUCCCCAUGGCAGCUUCACAGCAGGCCAGCACUCUCCCAGCUCACAUUUCUCCUCAUUCACCUCACAUCAACCCUUCACCUGCUCCACAGCUUCCUCCUCCAUCGGUUCCCCCGCCACCUCCUGAAGUAUAUUACCAGAUCCCACCCAUUCCACAUUCGCAGUCGGCUCCACCGCAGCCUCAUCAUCUUCCUUAUCAACCCUCACCUAUACCUCCACCCAGAAUAUACGAGUUCCAUCAACAACCAGUUAUUCCUACUCCUCCUCCACCUACCCAACAAGCGCCAUCUAGUGUUCAUUGCAAUGACUUCCUUCACUACUCACCUUGGUUGUCCGGGGAAAGCACCCAUAAUCCGUUCUACUCGCCCUUGAUUGGUGGUUCUUUCCAGCAGUUUGAUAGUCCCUACUUGAAGCCGCCUGAACAACCAACAAAUAGGCGUUAUAUGGACGUACCUUCCCAUCCAUCAAUGGAUUCUGAUUUUAACUCUCUCUCCAGGGGUAGCAGGGGCAAUCCGACCGUGGAAACCUCUAAUCCCAUGCAGUCUAGUAAUAAUGGUGGGUACUCAGAGUUGCCCACGGCCCGGAUAUUGCCACAGGCAUUACCAACCGUCUCCAUCAAAGAUCCACAGCGGAGUCCUGAUCGAAGCACGAACAAGGAGCCGGCUGAUGAUGUUGUGGACAGGGUUGUCGGGAUGGGGUUCCGGAGGGAUGUGGUGAGAGCCACAGUGAAGAGGCUUGAGGACGGAGGGCAGCCUGUGGACCUCAAUGUGGUCCUGGACAUACUGACCAAUGAGGGACAGAAUCGGUGAUAAUGUCGGAGAUUACAUUCCCCUAGAUAUGGUCGGAAAAGAAGAUUCUUCCGGUUUGAUCUUCAAAACUAAAAAUGCUGCUGCUUGUCAUUGUACAUGUGUAUGUGCAGAGCGUUUGUCUAUGCCUCUAGUGUUUGCUUGUCCUAUGAUGGUUUGUCAUUGUGCAAAGUUCCUAUGCGUAACUUACAUAGCCGAGCUUAAUGUCACGGUGCUGUUUCUGGUUAAC